CAUUUAACCUGUUGUACCGGAAAACAAAUUCCCUCCAGGCCAAUUUUUCAUGUCAAAAAUAAGCCACUCCCGUUUCCCGCGUAAGGAUGAAGCGCGUACUGAUCCCAUUGGAAACACGAAUAAUUCACAACUUCGUCAUAUAAUCGGGUCACUUGCGGGAUAUGUAUUUUCUGUCAAUAAAGAAGCCGUGGACGAUUGCAACCUUAGUUAUGAAAGAAUGAGAUUCGACUAUGUCACUAACUUGCCGUUCCAAAUGAUGGUAUAUUUCAACUGCUUUUUUACUCCAUUCUGGGCAGCCAGCGUUACAGCAGUGACAGUAAAUAAGAUACCCUAUAUGGGAAGAAUACACAAAGUGUUGAACGUAGCUUCGCUAAUUUUGUACAGCAUCAUCCAGGGACCCCGUUUGUAUUUCGCAUUUACUGGAAACUUGAUGGAACAAGUUCCGGAACUGGUCGGAUUUUGGCUUCUGACUAUUCUUAUACAAAUACCGACAAUUUUAUUUCUGUUGUUGGAUGAAGGAAUGAAAGCAUCUCCAUUUGAGCGGGUGUUGCACUUGAUAGAGUUUAUAUUUGUUGCACUUGAAGCUAUUGUUGGAUUUUUCGUCAUCAAACUGAUGGUUCGAAAUCAAGCGAUUAAGUUCCAAGUUUACAUGCAAAGCAAGAAACUCGAUAAAUCAGCCUUACCAGAGAGAGUGUUGUAAAUCAUCAGGCAACUGAAUUGAACCUAAAUUUGCGACUGAAACGUCAUUGCUGUUGGAGUGUAUGAACAAAAAGCCUAAUAAAUGUCGGUUAGAUUUUGGAA